AUGACUCCCAAGAUGAUUACAUCGGAAGAUGAGAAAGCCAGUUUCGAUGAGCGUCAAGCCGUGGAAGUCGCUCUUCAAACGCACCUACAUGGAUGGAGCCAAGGCAGGAAAUGGCAAGCAAGCUGUGGCAGCUUUUCACAAAGACACCAAGGUCAGUCAUUGGGUCAGUCACUAAUGAGUGAAUACGAGGUUGCCAGUAAGGAUGCAUUAUCGGAACAGUCGAUUCCUUGGGCCCGCAGCCCGACAUUCAAAGUCGGAUUGCCUCGAUUGACAUUUCGGGCCCCGCCGCUGCAGCCCGAGUCGAGUUUCUCAAUUGGGCUGGCUUUCGAUUCACUGACUUUUUUGUCUUGUACAAGGUCUCUGGAGAGUGGAAAAUUACCGGAAAGGUGUACGACUCGCACUCCAAGAACUAAACGAGUUUCCUUAUUUAUGUAUUAUGGGCAACAGCGGAGUGUAGGUAAGGAAGGCACCACAACUAAAAUACAAUAG